UGUCCACAAUAGGCUCAGAGUUUGACCUGCGGACACUCAGAGCAGUCAGAGUGCUCAGACCACUUAAACUGGUGUCUGGGAUUCCCAGUCUACAGGUGGUGCUCAAGUCUAUCAUGAAGGCCAUGAUCCCACUGCUGCAGAUUGGCCUGCUGCUCUUUGUGGCCAUCCUUAUGUUUGCCAUUAUAGGCCUGGAGUUCUACAUGGGCAAGUUCCACAAGACCUGCUUCAAUAAUGUCACGAAAGAGAUAUAUGACAAGCAGCCGUGUGGGGAGGCGUUGCCAGCGCGAUUGUGCCCCGAGGGCACCGUGUGCCAGGAGUACUGGAUCGGACCCAACUAUGGAAUCACGCAGUUCGACAACAUCCUGUUUGCCGUGCUCACUGUCUUCCAGUGCAUCACCAUGGAGGGCUGGACCGACAUGCUGUACUUUAGCAACGAUGUCUCAGGGAGUGCCUACAACUGGAUGUACUAUGUCCCCCUCAUCAUCAUCGGCUCCUUCUUCAUGCUCAACCUGGUGUUGGGUGUGCUGUCCGGGGAGUUUGCCAAAGAGAGGGAGCGUGUGGAGAAUAGGAGUGAGUUUCUCAAACUGAGGCGACAGCGGCAGAUUGAGAGGGAGCUCAACGGCUACCUGGAGUGGAUCUGCAAAGCAGAGGAGGUCCUUCUGUCUGAAGACGACAAAAACCCAGGGAACAAAUAUGAUGCCAAGCGGCGGAACACCAUCAAGAAGACUAAAACAGACCUGCUGAACCCAGAGGAAGGAGAGGACCACUUAGGAGAUGCUGUUGGCUCUCCGUUCGGCAAAGGCGACAGCACACAGUUCAACAAGCGGGAGCGGCGUCUGCGAUUUUUCAUCCGUAAAAUCGUAAAGACGCAGGCCUUCUACUGGACAGUGCUCAGUCUGGUGGGCCUCAACACGCUGUGCGUGGCCGUGGUGCACUACGACCAGCCCGACCUCCUCUCCGACUUUCUCUUUUAUGCGGAGUUUAUCUUCCUGGGCCUCUUUAUGUCGGAGAUGCUGAUAAAGAUGUACGGACUGGGGACUCGGCCUUACUUCAACUCCUCCUUCAACUGCUUCGACUGCGGCGUUAUUAUAGGCAGUAUCUUUGAGGUGAUCUGGGCAUCCAUAAAGCCAGGCACGUCUUUUGGCAUCAGUGUCUUACGAGCUCUCCGACUCCUGCGCAUCUUCAAAGUGACCAAAUACUGGGCUCCGCUGCGUAACCUGGUGGUCUCCCUGCUCAGCUCCAUGAAGUCCAUCAUCAGCUUGUUGUUCCUACUCUUCCUCUUCAUCGUGGUCUUCGCUCUACUGGGCAUGCAACUUUUUGGAGGACAGUUCAACUUUGAAGACGGCACUCCCCCAACCAACUUUGACACGUUUCCAGCAGCCAUCAUGACUGUCUUUCAGAUCCUGACCGGAGAGGACUGGAACAUGGUGAUGUAUGAUGGUAUCGAGUCCCAAGGGGGUGUGAACUCAGGCAUGGUCUUCUCCAUCUUCUUCAUAGUGCUCACACUCUUUGGCAACUACACACUGCUUAAUGUAUUCUUGGCCAUCGCCGUGGACAACCUGGCCAAUGCUCAGGAGCUAACCAAGGACGAGCAAGAGGAGGAGGUGGCCACCACUCAGAAGAUCGCCCUUCAGAAGGCCAAGGAGGUGGCUGAAGUGAGCCCCCUCUCUGCUGCCAACCUCUCCAUAGCUGCAGUUUCAGUAAAAACUGAGCGUAUCGAUGCCACAGAGAGUGUACUGGACUGCAAGGAAAAGCAGAAGAACUCGAACCAGCCCAAGUCGGUGUGGGAGCAGCGCACAGCUGAGAUCCGCCGUCAGAACCUGAUGACCAGCAAAGAGGCGCUCUAUAAUGAGCUGGACGCUGACGACAGCUGGAAGGUGAACUACCGCCAGAACCGAACCGACGUGAAGACCCACCUGGACCGCCCGCUGGUGGUGAACCCGCAGGAGAACCGCAACAACAACACCAACAAACCUCGGCCUGGCGAGCCACCCGAGCAGGCGCCCGACUACAGCCAGCCCUGCCUGCGCCAGCCAGCCCGCUACGCGCCCGCCGGCGGGAGAACCGGAGGAGCCGGACCUGCCGUGGGCGGGCCGCACCUGGCCCGCAGCCUGCAGUCCCUCCAGGAGGAGGCCGAGGAGGAGGAUGGCGGGGAGGAGGGGGGCGGCGGUGGAGGCGGACGACGUCACCACCACCACCACCACCACCACCCCCAUCACCACCGGCACCAGCACCGCGGCGACGGCGGCGAGGGAGAGCAGCCGCGGCGGACCCGCCAGCACCGGAGGCGGACAGAGGCCGGCGAGGGCGAGGACAACGGCGGCCAGGAGAGGAGACACAGGAGGCAUCGCCACGACAACAGCGACGGGCGCAAGGAGAGGUGCCGGCAGCACCGCAAGAAGGAGUGCAGUCUGUCCACCUCCCGCCCCAUCCAGCAGACUCUGUUCCGCCAGGACAGCCAGUACAGCGAGGACCUGGACAACCUGCGCAACAGCAGCCGGCUCUUCCUGGACCAGGAGCCCGAGGACGACAGGGGUGACCUUGACCUUGACCUCCGCGACCCCUUCUACAGCCACCCCGAGCAGGCCAACAACCUGCUCAACAUGCGCGGCCCCAGCGGCACCGAGCUCCAGCUGCUGGACGGCAGCGGCGGCAGCCUCAUCUUGACCGACCCCAGCAAGACGCCGGCGCAACUAGACCAUACGACCAUCCACAUGCCCGCACUUUACCCCAGCACCAUCCUGCAGGUGAACCAGAACGCCAAUACCGAGGGCAACAAGAAAGACGAGGAGAAGAAGGAGGAGGAGGGUGAUGAUGAAGGGGAUGGGGAUGGGCCCAAACCCAUGCCACCCUUCAGCUCCUGUUUCAUCCUUUCCACAACCAACCCGUUCCGUAAGUGCUGCCACUACAUCCUGACCCUGCGCUACUUUGAGAUGUGCAUCCUGUCCGUCAUCGCCAUGAGCAGCAUCGCCCUGGCAGCCGAGGACCCCGUGUGGCCCGAGUCGCCGCGCAACAACGUGCUGCGCUACUUUGACUACGUCUUCACUGGUGUGUUCACAUUUGAGAUGCUGAUAAAGAUGGUGGUGCUGGGGCUGUUCCUGCACCAGGGCUCCUACUUCCGCGACCUCUGGAACAUCCUGGACUUUGUAGUGGUUAGUGGUGCUCUGGUGGCCUUUGCCUUCACGAGCCUAACCCGAGGGAGCAGCAAAGGAAAAGACAUCAGCACCAUCAAGUCUCUGAGAGUACUGAGGGUACUGCGGCCUCUCAAGACCAUCAAACGGCUACCCAAACUGAAGGCUGUGUUUGACUGCGUGGUGAACUCGCUGAAGAAUGUGCUCAACAUCCUGAUCGUCUACAUGCUCUUCAUGUUCAUCUUCGCUGUGGUCGCCGUGCAGCUCUUCAAAGGCCGCUUCUUCUUCUGCACCGAUGAAUCGAAAGAGUUUGAGCGCGACUGCAGGGGAGAGUACCUGGUGUACAAUGGCAAUGAUGAGGUAAAGGCUCAGAAGCGGGAAUGGAAGAAGUACGAUUUCCACUACGACAACGUGCUUUGGGCCCUGUUAACUCUCUUCACUGUGUCCACUGGAGAGGGGUGGCCGACUGUUCUGAAACACUCGGUGGACUCCACUUUUGAGAACCAGGGCCCGAGCCCGGGGUACCGGAUGGAGAUGUCCAUCUUUUACGUGGUGUACUUCGUUGUCUUCCCUUUCUUCUUCGUCAACAUCUUCGUGGCUCUCAUCAUCAUCACCUUCCAAGAGCAAGGAGACAAGAUGAUGGAGGAAUACAGUUUGGAGAAGAACGAGAGAGCCUGUAUCGACUUUGCGAUCAACGCCAAGCCCUUGACGCGCCAUAUGCCGCAGAACAAGCAGAGCUUCCAGUACCGCAUGUGGCAGUUCGUGGUGUCACCGCCGUUCGAGUACAGCAUCAUGUCUCUGAUCGCGCUCAACACGGUCGUCCUCAUGAUGAAGUAUGAUGGCGCUCCUGAUGCCUAUGAAAAAACCCUGAAGAACCUGAACAUAGUGUUUACCACACUCUUCUUCAUGGAGUGUGUGCUCAAGAUCAUCGCCUUUGGUGUCCUGAAUUAUUUCAUGGAUGCCUGGAACAUUUUUGAUUUUGUUUCUGUGCUCGGGAGCAUCACAGACAUUAUAGUGACGGAAUUUGUGAAUAACUUCAUAAACCUGAGUUUCCUGCGGCUCUUCCGAGCUGCUCGACUCAUCAAGCUCCUCAGGCAGCAGGAGACCAUUCGCAUCCUGCUCUGGACCUUUGUGCAGUCCUUUAAGGCUCUUCCAUAUGUGUGUCUGCUUAUUGCCAUGCUGUUCUUCAUUUAUGCCAUCAUCGGGAUGCAGUUGUUUGGUAACCUGGCUCUGGAGGAGGAGAAUGCCAUCAACGAACACAACAACUUCAGAACCUUCAUCAUGGCCCUCAUGCUGCUCUUCAGGAGUGCCACGGGUGAGGCGUGGCAUGAUAUCAUGCUGGCAUGUCUGGGCGGCAAUCCUUGUGACCCCGACUCGGGCAACACCAAGCCUGAGUGCGGCAGCAACAUGGCCUACGCCUACUUCGUCUCGUUCAUCUUCUUCUGCUCCUUCCUGAUGUUGAACCUGUUUGUGGCCGUCAUCAUGGACAACUUUGAGUACCUGACCCGGGACUCAUCCAUCCUUGGCCCACACCACCUGGAUGAGUAUGUGAGGAUAUGGGCCGAGUAUGAUCCUGCAGCCUGCGGGCGCAUUCAUUACAAGGAUAUGUACAGUUUAUUACGAGUAAUCGACCCCCCUCUUGGUCUGGGCAAGAAAUGUCCACAUAGAGUGGCCUGCAAGAGGCUGCUGCGCAUGGACUUGCCGGUCGCCGACGACAACUCGGUGCAUUUCAACUCCACUCUCAUGGCCUUGAUCCGUACUGCCCUGGACAUCAAGAUUGCAAAGGGGGGCGCAGACAAACAUCAGAUGGAUGCAGAGCUGCGCAAGGAGAUGAUGGCCAUCUGGCCCAACCUGUCCCAGAAGCACCUGGACCUCUUGGUCACUCCGCACAAGUCAGCGACAGACCUGACGGUGGGGAAGAUCUACGCGGCCAUGAUGAUCAUGGAGUACUACCGCCAGAGCAAGGCCAAAAGGCUCCAGGCUCUCCGUGAGGAGCAGAACCGAACGCCGUUAAUGUUUCAGCUCAUGGAGCCAUCCCCAACCCAGGAAGGGGGACAACCGGGGGUCAACGGGGUCCCCCAGAUUCAGCAGGAGCCAAUCAACAGUCUACCUCCUGUGGGUGACAUGACAGAGAGCCAGUCCUGGGUGACGGCUAAAGACCAGGAAAUGUUCCAGAAAACGGGCAACUGGAGCCCCGACCAGCCCUACCCUGAUGACACCCGCGACAACCGUCACAAUCCACAGACGGUAGAGAUGAGUGAGAUGGGGCGGGACGGUUACUCGGACACUGAGUCCUAUCACCCAAUGGAAGGGCAUGGGCGGACCAUCUCCAUGCCCCGCCUCUCAGCAGACAACCAACGACGGAGAACCAGGCCGCACGGAAAUAACCUCAGUACCAUCACAGACAACAGUCCGCUGCGGCGCUCCACCUCGUCUCUGGUGCACGGGCGCUCAGGCCGAGGUGUGCGUCUAGACGACUACUCGCUGGAGCGCGUGGUGUCCGAGGAGGGCAGCCAGCGACACGGGCACCGCCGCCGCGACCGGGGACCGCAACCAAGCCACCGCGCCUCCGAGAGGUCGCUGACACGCUACACCGACGCCGACACGGGCCUGGGCACAGACCUGAGCACCACCACCCAGUCGGGUGACCUGCCGCCCAAGGAGCGGGAGCGAGAGCGUGGGCGUGCCAAGGACCGGCGGCACCCCCAACCCCACCACCACCACCACCACCACCACCACUCGUCCUCUAUGGACAAGGAGCACUACGCGCCCGAGCGCGGCGACUACCCGCACCACCACGGCCACGACCGCCGCGAGCGACACUGGUCUCGCUCGCCCAGCGAGGGCCGCGACGGCCGCGCGCACCGACAGGGCAGUAGUUCGGUGAGCGGGAGCCCCGUGCCGUCGACGUCGGGGACCAGCACGCCCCGCCGCGGCCGCCGGCAGCUGCCCCAGACCCCGUCCACGCCGCGGCCGCACGUGGCCUUCACGCCGGUGGUGCGCAAGCCGGCGUACGGCUCGCCGGGCCACCAGCCGCCGGGGUCGCAACCGCGGCUCCGAUCGCCCUCGCCGCGCCACUACUCCCCGCCGCCGGGCCACCCGGACGCCCCCUACCGCGGCCCGCCGUCGCGCCACGCCUCUCCCCACCACCACCACCACGGCUCGCCGCGCUCGCCCCGACACCAACACCACCACCACCACCACCACCAGGGCGGCGGCCGCUGGGCCGGACCUCCCCCGCACCCCCCGUCGCUGUCCCACGAGGGCAGCCUGGAGGGCGACGGGCCUUUCUAUGAGCCCGACUACGAGUACGAGCGCCACCACGAGCCGCCGGCCUACGAGCAGAGCCUGCAUGAGGGGGGCAACCCGCACCACCACCACCUGCCGCCAGGCCCGCCGCUGCAGCCGCCGCAACAGCCGCGCUCGCCCAGGACAGCCCGCCAUCACGGAGGAGGAGGAGGAGGUCCCCCGCCAGGGCCCCCGGGGCCACACCCACCGCGGCGCGUGCCCAACGGCUACCGCUCGUCCUCGCCCUCUCCGCACAGGCGCGGCCCCCCACCCGCCACCCCCCACCCGGGGGCCCCAACCGGCCACACCCCCCACAGCCGCGGGCCCCGCAAGGGCCUCCACGAACCCUACAGUGAGACAGACGAGGAUGACUGGUGCUAGUGUUCCCCGCCUGAAGCCCGAGGAGGAGGAGGAGGAGGAGGAGAGAGAGAGAGAGAGAGAGAGAGAGGGGGUUUGGUUGUAAAAGAGGG